AUGACCACAGUCGAGAAAAUCAAGGCCAUCGAGGAGGAGAUGGCCAGAACGCAGAAAAACAAGGCCACCGAGAAGCACUUGGGUAUGCUGAAGGCCAAGCUCGCCAAGCUCAAGAACGAGCUGUUGAAGGACGCCAACUCGGGCGGAGGAGGAGGAGGACCAGGGUUCGACGUCAAGAAAACGGGAGAAACCAUAGGAUUCAUUGGGUUUCCGUCUGUCGGAAAAAGUACUCUACUAUCGAAACUCACAGGAACACACUCAGAGGCAGCAGCAUACGAAUUUACCACGCUUACCACGGUCCCUGGUGUCAUUAGAUACAAGGGAGCCAAGAUCCAGAUGUUGGAUCUUCCUGGUAUCAUCGAAGGUGCCAAGGACGGCCGUGGUAGAGGUAAACAGGUUAUUGCGGUGGCGCGUUCUUGUGACCUCAUUUUCAUAGUGCUGGACGUGAACAAGCCUUUGCAGCAUAAAAAAAUCAUAGAGAGCGAGCUGGAAGGUUUUGGUAUCCGUUUGAACCAGUCGCCACCAGAUAUCCUGCUCAAGAAGAAGGAGAAGGGAGGAAUCAAUAUCACAAGCACCGUACCAUUGACCAAGAUCGACCACGACGAGAUCAAGGCAGUGUUGCAGGAGUACAGAAUGAACUCGUGCGACGUGCAGUUCCGUUGCGAUGCCACCGUCGACGACCUGAUCGACGUCAUCGAGGCCAAAAACAGAAGAUACAUCCCGGCCAUCUACGUGCUGAACAAGAUCGACUCGUUCUCCAUCGAGGAGCUGGACCUGCUCUACAGAAUCCCCAACGCCGUUCCUAUCUCGUCUGGAAGCGGCUGGAACUUGGACGAGCUGCUGGAAAUGAUGUGGGACAGACUUCAGCUUGUGCGAGUCUACACCAAACCAAAGGGCAAGCUGCCAGACUUCAGCGAUCCGGUUGUGCUUCGGGCCGGCAAGUGCACGGUAGAGGAUUUCUGUAACAAGAUCCACAAGUCUCUGGUUGACGAUUUCCGGACUGCCUUGGUAUUUGGCACCAGCGUGAAGCACCAGCCGCAGUACGUGGGGCUGAACCACGUGCUGGAGGACGAGGACGUCAUUACGAUCUUGAAGAAAUGA